GAGGCGGAUCGGGUGUUGCAUCCAUGGAGCGAGCUGAGAGCUCGAGUACAGAACCUGCUAAGGCCAUCAAACCUAUUGAUCGGAAGUCAGUCCAUCAGAUUUGCUCUGGGCAGGUGGUACUGAGUCUAAGCACUGCGGUGAAGGAGUUAGUAGAAAACAGUCUGGAUGCUGGUGCCACUAAUAUUGAUCUAAAGCUUAAGGACUAUGGAGUGGAUCUCAUUGAAGUUUCAGACAAUGGAUGUGGGGUAGAAGAAGAAAACUUCGAAGGCUUAACUCUGAAACAUCACACAUCUAAGAUUCAAGAGUUUGCUGACCUAACUCAGGUUGAAACUUUUGGCUUUCGGGGGGAAGCUCUGAGCUCACUUUGUGCACUGAGCGACGUCACCAUUUCCACCUGCCACGCAUCGGCAAAGGUUGGGACUCGACUGGUGUUUGAUCACAAUGGGAAAAUCAUCCAGAAAGCCCCCUACCCCCGCCCCAGAGGGACCACAGUCAGCGUACAGCAGUUAUUUGCUACACUACCUGUGCGCCAUAAGGAAUUUCAAAGGAAUAUUAAGAAGGAAUAUGCCAAAAUGGUCCAGGUCUUACAGGCAUACUGUAUCAUUUCAGCAGGCAUCCGUGUAAGUUGCACCAAUCAGCUUGGACAAGGAAAACGACAGCCUGUCGUGUGCACAGGUGGAAGCCCCAGCAUAAAGGAAAAUAUCGGCUCUGUGUUUGGGCAGAAGCAGUUGCAAAGCCUCAUUCCUUUUGUUCAGCUGCCCCCUAGUGACUCCGUGUGUGAAGAGUAUGGUCUGAGCUGUUCGGAUGCUCUGCAUAAUCUUUUUUACAUCUCAGGUUUCAUUUCACAAUGCGCGCAUGGAGUUGGAAGGAGUUCAACAGACAGACAGUUUUUCUUUAUCAACCGGCGGCCUUGUGACCCAGCAAAGGUCUCCAGACUUGUGAACGAGGUCUACCACAUGUAUAAUCGACAUCAGUAUCCAUUUGUUGUUCUUAACAUUUCUGUUGAUUCAGAAUGUGUUGAUAUCAAUGUUACUCCGGAUAAAAGGCAAAUUUUGCUACAAGAGGAAAAGCUUUUGUUGGCAGUUUUAAAGACUUCUUUGAUAGGAAUGUUUGAUAGUGAUGUCAACAAGCUGAGUGUCAGUCAGCAGCCACUGCUGGAUAUUGAAGGUAACUUAGUAAAAAUGCAUGCAGCGGAUUUGGAGAAGCCCCUGGCAGAAAAGCAGGAUCAUUCCCCUUCAUUAAGGACUCGAGAAGAAAAAAGGGACGUGUCCAUUUCCAGACUGCGAGAGGCCUUUUCUCUUCGUCACACAACGGAGAACAAGCCUCACAGCCCGGAGACUCCAGAAGCAAGAAGGAGCCCUCUAGGACAGAAAAGGGGUGUGCCAUCUUCUAGCACUUCAGAUGCCGUCUCUGACAGAGGCUUCCUGAGACCUCAGAAAGAGGCAGCGAGUUCCAGUCAGGGACCCAGAGACCCUACGGACGGAGCGGAGGUGGAGAAGGACUCAGGGCACGGCAGCACUUCCGUGGAUUCUGAGGGGUUCAGCAUCCCAGACACGGGCAGUCACUGCAGCAGCGAGUGUGCGGCCAGCUCCCCAGAGGACAGGGGCUCACAGGAACAUGAGGACUCUCGUGAGAAAGCGCCUGAAACUGACGACUCUUUUUCAGAUGUGGACUGCCAUCCAAACCCGGAAGACACAGGGUAUCAAUUUCGAGUUUCGCCUCAGCCAACUGAUCUGGCAUCCCCAAACACAAAGCGUUUUAAAAAAGAAGAAAUUCUUUCCAGUUCUGACAUUUGUCAAAAGUUAGUAAAUACUCAGAACGUGUCAGCCUCUCAGGUUGAUGUAUCUGUUAAAAUUCAUAAGAAGGUUGUAGCCCUAGACUUUUCUAUGAGUUCUUUAGCUAAACGAAUAAAGCAGUUACAUCGUGAAACACAGCAAAGUGAAGGUGAACAGAAUUAUAGGAAGUUUAGGGCAAAGAUUUGCCCUGGAGAAAAUCAAGCAGCCGAAGAUGAACUAAGAAAAGAGAUAAGCAGGCUGCAGCCACUCCUGCUCCAAGGAGGUCUGAACUCAGCCUGAGUGGAGAGGGGCCUCUUACAAGAGUUCCUUUUUUGCCGGGCAUGGUGGCUUAUGCCUGU